CAGGAUUCUAGUUGGGCUGGGAGUUACAGAAUUGGGCCCAAUCACACACAAUCUCCACCUUUGGGCCCAAUCUCCACAUCGUCUUCUUUCUUCGACAAAACCGAUGCCGCGUUACUUCUCUUGCGAUCACAGAUGUGAUCUGAGUCGGUGAACACUUAGCCAAGCUUUCUAUUAAACAACCUUUGUAUUGAACGCCAUGGGUAUUCUAUUCUCCUCCACGUUGCCGUUGAAUAAUUUUCGUCAUGCUCCCUGUCCUCAUCUUUGUCGUGAGAACAUACCACCAAACCAGAAACAAUUAUCCUUUCUCAUGUCCUUUCACCGAGAACCUUAAGACUGUGUUGACGUCUCAUGGAGGAAUCCCACCGUCGACGAAUCAUGUAGCUCGUACGCCGCUACUCCUUCUUCAACCUUUCUUGUCUUGAUUCCAGAGAUCAUCCAAAACUCCAGUUCCUUUUUUUUUUCUUUCUGAAACUCCGACCUUACCUCCAAAGAUUACUCACAGUGGUCGAUUAAUUUCUCAACCUUGUCCCAUUGCUGCAACACUCUGUGAGAUGUGAUUCUUCAACUGGCAUAUAUCUUUCAUGCGUUUCCGUUGAUCAAACGGCUUGUCUAAACUCGUCCUACAACUUCUCGAUAUUCGUCUCCCUUCAGCCUUUCUUGCUGUUUAAGACGUUCCCUCAGGUGACCCUUUAGAGACUCCUCUGUUACUCCAACGAACCCAUGAACCGUUUCCAUUCAACUUCCUUAUACUCGUCUCCCUUCAGCUCUCCUUGGUGUUUACUCUCCACCGUACUGGCUGUUUAAGACGUUCUCUCCUUAUGCUUCUUCUUCCCCUAGAGAUACUCGUCUCCUUCAGCUAUUUGAGCUGUUUAAGACGUUCUCUCAUGUUCUCAUCCGUUGCUUCAGAGCCUUUGAGUGACUUUCCUUGUGAUCAGCUGCUCCACCUUGAGCUAAAACCUCUGCCUCGCAUCUCUUCUCACAGGUAACUUUCUGAACUCCACCUUGAGUUUCCCAUUAUCAAUAUAAACCUGAAACUGACUUGUUUCUUCUCUGUCUCUGCGAGCUUGAGACAGCUUUGAUAAUGGUGUUACCUGGAGCGUCUUCCUUCUUAGGCAGAAACGCAGCGAACCUGAAGCUCCUGUCCAGGAUUCUAGUUGGGCUGGGAGUUACAGAAUUGGGCCCAAUCACACACAGGAUCUCUUCUUACUUCUUACUUCUGCUUCCUGUCUGUAAAUGUUUAAUAACUUUUACAUAUCUUGCUCUUUGUUGUUGUGAUCUGUGAUGCAGUUACUAUAAUAUGUGAGUAUUGAGUUAAAAACCAGGAACAAUCAUGCUUACUUUUCUCAAGUUUCAUCUGCUACUAAUCUUCUUCAUUUCACUUCUUUAUCCAUUACUCUCCACUGCCACAUCUAUCAACAUUUGGCCAAAACCUAGAUUUCUAUCAUGGCCUCAACAUAAAGCCAUCACCCUCUCUCCAGACUUCACCAUCAUUUCUCCUCAACACCAAUACCUUUCAGCCUCUGUUACACGCUACCACAACCUGAUCCACUCAGAGAAUUACUCUCCUCACAUUACCAACUCCAUCAAACUUAUCAAAGGAUACACCUUAAGCAAACUUGUAGUCACUGUCACCGAUCUUUCUCUACCUCUUCACCACGGUGUUAACGAGUCUUACACCCUCUCUGUUCCCACUGGAAGAUUCUCAGCUCACUUGUCAGCUCAUUCAGUUUGGGGAGCUAUGCAUGGUCUUGAGACAUUCUCUCAGAUGGUUUGGGGAAAAGCUCCUGAGUUGUGUUUACCAGUUGGAAUAUACAUUCAGGAUUCUCCUUUGUUUGGCCAUAGAGGAGUGUUGCUAGAUACAUCAAGAAACUACUAUGGAGUAGAGGAUAUAACGAGGACAAUCAAGGCCAUGAGUGCUAACAAACUCAAUGUGUUUCACUGGCACAUUACUGAUUCUCACUCUUUCCCAUUAGUGCUUCCUUCUGAGCCUUCACUUGCUGGAAAAGGAUCUUAUGGACCAGACAUGGUAUACACUCCUGAAGAUGUCUCAAUGAUUGUUCAGUUUGGUUUGGAGCAUGGUGUUAGAGUUCUUCCUGAAAUAGACACUCCUGGCCAUACAGGAUCAUGGGGAGAAGCUUACCCGGAGAUAGUCACAUGUGGAAACAUGUUCUGGUGGCCAGCUGGAAAAAGCUGGGACGAGCGGUUAGCUAGUGAACCGGGAACUGGUCAGCUUAACCCCUUGAAUCCAAAGACUUAUGAAGUUGUUAAAAACGUUAUACAAGAUGUCUCUAAGCUAUUCCCUGAGCCUUUCUUUCAUGGAGGUGGAGAUGAAGUCAUCCCAGGCUGUUGGAAAACUGAUCCUGCAAUCAGUUCCUUCUUGUCCUCUGGUGGAACACUAAGCCAGCUUCUUGAAAAGUACAUAAACUCGACGUUACCUUACAUAGUGUCACAGAACCGGACAGUUGUUUACUGGGAAGAUGUUCUGUUGGAUGCACUAAUAAAGGUGGAAUCAUCGGUUCUUCCUAAAGAGCAUAUAAUCUUACAGACUUGGAAUAACGGUCCUGUGAACACAAAGAGAAUAGUAUCUGCUGGUUACAGAGUAAUUGUAUCUUCAUCAGAAUACUACUACUUAGACUGUGGUCAUGGCGGUUUUCUAGGGAACGAUAGUCAAUAUGAUCAGCAAGGAGGCGGUGGUGGUAGUGGUGGAGGUUCUUGGUGUGCACCGUUUAAGACGUGGCAGACCAUAUACAACUAUGAUAUAACUGAUGGUUUGGUUGAUGAGGAAGAGAGGAAGCUGGUGCUGGGAGGAGAAGUAGCUUUGUGGUCAGAACAAGCUGACCCUACGGUUUUAGACUCAAGGCUAUGGCCGCGUGCCUCUGCGUUUGCUGAGAGUUUAUGGUCAGGGAAUAGAGAUGAGAGAGGUGUUAAGAGAUGUGGUGAAGCUUUGGAUCGGUUAAACCGUUGGAGGUAUAGAAUGGUGGAGAGAGGGAUUGGUGCUGAACCUAUUCAGCCAUUGUGGUGUCUGAAGAAUCCUGGCAUGUGUAAUGCUGCAGUUCAUGGUUCUUCAGAAGCUCUAUAAAGAAAAAAAAAAUGACAAUUUUAUUUAUCUUUAAGAUGUUAUAGUUUCUAACUUUCUUCUAAUAAAAUUUGCAUGUUUGAUAGAGUCAUUUAUGGUUUGUUUAAUGUGCCAUGCUAAAUCUUGAUGUGUGUUUGAGUUUUUACUUUGUUGAGACUUGAGAGAUGUAGUAAACUAGAUAUAAACGUUGCCA